AUGGAUUCGACCAGGACAACGAUAGAUCACAAUGCAGCCCUAGCCGAGAUGCGGCGACAAAUACAGGAAGAGAUGCAGACAGAAAUGCAGCGGCAACUAGCUGAGAUAAGACGUAAAAACGAAGAGGAAGUCAACGCCUUGAGGGCGGAAAACCAAAGAAUCAGGAGACAGACCGAACGCACGGAGAGAAGGAGAGAAAUGCCACAAGAAGAAGAAGAACAAGAAGAGACGUCAGACCAGGAGGAAUCCCGCGCUCAAACUAAUCCCAAUCAUACCGGUGCACUAGCAAGAACACCUAGGCGUCACCCCUUUGUGGACGGAAUCAUGACGGCUGACCUCCCUGCACGUUGGAAGGGGCUUACUAUGAAUCAGUAUGAUGGCACCACAGAUCCGGAGGAGCAUAUAGACAUCUUUACCACUCAGGUGGGACUGUAUACAACCGAAGACGCCAUCCUCUGUCGCGUUUUCCCAACAUCGCUAAAGGGUCCGGCGCUCCGUUGGUUUACCCGGCUUCCCCCCAACUCCGUGGACUGUUUUGAUACACUGACGACGCGUUUUAGCAUUCAAUUUGCUACUAGCAAACCCCAUCAUCUCACCUCUUUGGCACUGGUGAAUGUGCGGCAAGAAAAAGAUGAGACAUUACGCAAUUUCAUGGAGCGAUUCGGGAAACUAUCCCUAAACAUCAGUAAUUUGAAUCCAGAGGUAGCCAUGCAUCAUUUGAUUACAGCCCUGCGACCAGGCCCAUUUGUGGACAGCCUGUGCAAAAAACCUGUGGCCAAUCUGGACGAGCUCCGAACGCGAGCUACGAAGUUUAUGCAAAUGGAAGAGCUGAAGGAGUUUCGCAACACCACCCGCAGGGAAACCCUUGACAGAAAGCAACCCGAGAGAGACAGAGCAACAACCUCAAGACCAGGCUCUAGGUUCCGAGAGCAAAGACAACCAAAGUAUCAUAGAUACACCCCGCUGAUAUCCAACAGGGCACAGAUUCUGGAGGAAGCCCUAAAUGCCGACCUUAUAUCUCCCCCUAGAAAGGUCCCAACUCCCCCUCAUGCUGACACCACGAAGCACUGCCGUUAUCACCGAAAUUACGGCCAUACUACAGAAGAGUGUUUCACACUAAAGGACAAAAUCGAGGAGUUAAUACAAGCUGGGCAUCUCAAAAGGUUUGUAAAACGCGAAGAGGGGGAUUUGCAUCCAGAAAGGAGGACCGAGAUGGAGGAAACGAGAGGAAAGAGUACAGAGCGCCAGCGUAUGGGGGGCGACGCGAAGAUAACCUUAGACGAAAGAUCGAUCAUAAGAAGGAUGAGCAACGGGAACCACAGGAAAAGCCAUUACGGGGAGUUAUUAACUACAUUGCGGGAGGUUUCACUGGUGGGGGCUCCACUGCAUCUGCCAGAAAGAAGUAUGUCCGUGCAGUUCAGAGCGUGA